AUGACAGGUUUCACGAGGAAGUCAAAGAUCUUGUUAGUAUCUGCUUCGAUUCUACUCAUAGUGGUCGGAGUUAACUCUUCGAACAUCGUCAAAUCAUCAUGUAGCCUCACUCUCCACCCUAACCUCUGCUACUCCACGCUUUCCGGCGUCACUGAAAAGGUCAACACGCCAAAUGACGUCAUCGGACUGGCUGUCAACAAAACCAAGGAGAUAGUCCAACGGAACUACUUCACCAUAAAGAAGCUUACACUUAGGACAAAUCUUACACAACGUGAGAAAAUCGCUCUCCAUGACUGUCUGGAAAUGGUCGCCGACACCCUCCAAGAACUCAACCAGGUCAUCGUUUUACUGGAGACAUAUCCCACCAAGAAAGGGAUUCGCCUUCGCCGACAUGUCGAUGACUUAAUGACACUCAUGAGCACCACUCUCACCAACCAAGAAACAUGUAUCGAUGGAUUCUCCCACGACAAACAUGAUAGGCAGCUUCGUGAAUCGCUUAUCGACGGCGAGAUCAACGCCGGGAGGUUAUGUAGCAACUCACUGGCCAUGAUCAAGAACAUGACCGACACAGAUAUGGCUAAUGAUCAAGUCAAUACAAUCGGCAGGAAGUUAAAGGAGGAGUGGCCGGAGUGGUUAUCCGCCGGAGAUAGGAGGCUGUUGCAGUCAGGGACUGUGACACCUAACGUAGUUGUUGCCGCAGAUGGAAGUGGGGACUUUACAACGGUUUCUGCUGCCGUUGCGGCUGCUCCUAACAGAAGCACAACCAGAUCAUCCACAAUAAUCACCGCUAGCCGAAGUGUCGCCGGCGGCGUCACCACGUUCAAUUCCGCUACUGUCGCGGCGGUGGGUGCCGGAUUCCUAGCACGGGGCGUAACCUUUCAAAACUCGGCAGGGCCUUCCGGGAAUCAAGCGGUGGCGCUACGUGUCGGGUCAGACCUAUCUGCAUUCUACCAAUGCGGCAUGAUAGCAUACCAAGACACCCUUUACGUCCACUCAAAUCGUCAAUUUUACAUCAACUGUUACAUCGCCGGCACGGUUGACUUCAUCUUCGGCAAUGCCGCCGCCGUGUUGCAAGACUGCGACAUCCACGCCCGUCGUCCUAACCCAAACCAAAGGAACAUGUUUACAGCUCAAGGCCGGAGCGACCCUAAUCAGAACACAGGGAUUGUGAUUCAAAGAUCAAGGAUAGGAGCUACGUCUGACCUUAUACCGGUUCAAGCAAGCUUUCCGUCGUACCUGGGUAGACCAUGGAGGAACUUCUCGAGAACGGUGGUGAUGCAAUCAACGAUUAGUGACGUGAUUAACCCAGCAGGAUGGUUUCCUUGGGAUGGGGAUUUUGCGUUGGAUACCUUGUAUUACGGAGAGUAUCAGAAUACAGGGGCUGGGGCUGAUACAUCGAAUAGAGUGACAUGGCCGGGGUACAGGGUGAUUACCAGUGCGACGGAGGCCGGAGGUUUUACUGCCGGAAACUUUAUCAAUGGUGGUAAUUGGUUAGCAGGCACCGGUUUCCCUUUUUCUCUUGGGCUUUGAGGAAUAUUUGAGUCUGUAUAUGAAGAAUGAUUGAAUAAGUUGUUUAAUAUAAUAACAACAAAUAUUGUAUUCCCUUGAAUCCAAUAUUGUAAGUUUCACCAUAAAUGAAGUAAAAAGGUAAAG